GAAAAGAGUAAAUAUCCAUAAUUAGUCAAAGGUUCAAAGCGCGACGACGGUGAAAUUCUUUCCUCUUCCAGCUUGCACUUCUCGGCGGGUCAUCCAAUCGGACGGUCCAAGAGAGGGGACAAAGAUCGGACGGUCGGUUCUUUUUCGUUGCAUUUCUUCCUCAUCAACCCGCGCAAUUCAGAAGUUUGCACUUUUCAAUCCACCAUGAAUCAGAAGGCUAAUGUUUCCAAGGAGCUCAAUGCUAAGCACAAAAAGAUUCUGGAGGGACUGCUUAAAUUGCCAGAAAACAGACAAUGUGCAGAUUGCAAAGCCAAAGGUCCUCGAUGGGCAAGUGUGAAUCUGGGAAUCUUUAUAUGCAUGCAGUGCUCUGGUAUCCACAGAAGUCUUGGGGUGCACAUAUCAAAGGUUAGAUCAGCUACACUGGACACAUGGCUUCCUGAACAAGUAGCAUUUAUUCAAUCGAUGGGAAAUGAGAAGGCAAAUAGUUACUGGGAAGCAACACUGCCACCGAACUAUGACAAAGUUGGUACUGAGACUUUCAUUCGUGCAAAGUAUGAAGAUAAGAGGUGGGCUUGUAAGGACAGAAAACCAGAAUCACCUUCCAGGAUGCGAGAAGUGAAGGCUCCACAAUCCAGUGAUAGAAGUGGGCAAGGAUAUGCAAGCAACUCUAGGCAUUCAUCUUUUGAAAGGAAAAAUGUUCAAGCUCCCAACAAAAGGCAUGAUGGCCCUGCUGCUAUAGUUCGUCUACCCAUGCCGCCUAAAGAGCAUGUUGCUCCUGUUCAAUUGGCACGACAAACAAGCCAGAACGCAGAGCCACUGGCAACCUCUGUGUCUGCAACGCAAGUUGUACAACCUGCCACUGCCCCUAAAGUUGAUUGUGCUCUUGAUCUUUUUGAUGUGUUUUCUAUGGAUGGUCCUAGAGAAAAUAGCUUAGCAACAGCUACUGUGAAUGAUGGUGGAUGGGCAACGUUUCCAUCUGCUGGAGAAGCCACACCAACAGAAAAAACUAUGAUAACAGAAUCUGAUAAUAUCAAGCCAAAAUCCACUUCUGGAUGUGAAGAUUUAUUCAAGGAUUGUUGCUUGGUAGAGGAAACAACUUGGGUAGUGAUAUCUGAUAAUAUUAAGCCAUCACAAUCCAUUUCUAACAUUGAAGAUUUAUUCAAGGAUUCUGCACCUGUUACAAAUGGUUCCUUGUCAGAGAAACCCCAAAAAAAUGUCUCGAGUGACAUUUUGAGCCUUUUUGACAAGUCAAAUAUGGUGUCACCAUUUGCUAUGCAUCAACAACAGCUUACUGGGCUAACACAGCAACAGUCUCUUCUAAUGACUACCCCUGCUGCGGAAGCCACAAAAAUUCCUGGCGGUGCGCAACAAGCGCCAAACAACGCCAAUGUACCAAACCAAAGUUCACAGACUUUUUAUUCCCCAUUCCCUGGAGAUUUGAUGAUGCCUGCUGCUAAAAAGAAUGAGCAAGACAAAUAUAUGCAGGAGAUGGGUAAUACAGGGGCAACAAAUUCUGUUGAGAACCAUAGUGCUUCUUCGACAUCUAGUGGCCAAGCUGCGGGGCAAAAUUCUUGCACUAACAGUGCAGUGCAUUGUGGUUCAAGCAAGCAGCAGGAGGCAUCCCCAUCAUCUUCCACUUCUGCAGAGCCUGCUAAAGAUUUUGAUCACUUUUCCUUUCUGACACAGAGCAUGCUUUCGAAACGCUGAAAAGCCCAAAUUAAAGAAAUGUACUCCAUGGUACUCUACAGAUGAAUAGCUUUAGAAGGUUCACUCUCCAGGCUUUUAAGGUUUUUCCUGUGAGAUCGUGAACUCAUUUGUGUUUCAUCUCUGUGGACAAAUAAGUAUUUUAGAUCAGAUUUCACUUUUUUUUUUCUCCACUUGGAUGUUGAUUAUGAAGAUGCCAUAUUAAGGUAAAUGAUCAACAGUACAUAUUAUAUACGUAGUAUUUAAUACUCAUAAAUGUGUAAAUUAUACCAAGAGUCUUGUGC